AUGCGUCAUAAAUUUCGUUGUGGUCGUUUAGUAUUAAAUCGAAAUGGAUUAGUCAAAAAAAUUAAUCUUUCACAUGGUGGUGGUAUUCGUGAUUGUAAAUUUAGUCAUAUUGAUAUUGGUUUUGACGAGAUUCACGAUAAACUCCGUGAUAUAUUCAUACCGAAUUCACCUAAUCGUGUUUCGAUGUUAUACGAUUUUCAACGUAAAAAAUUAGAUACUAAACGAUAUCAAAAUUUUUACGACUAUAUUAAUCAACAUGGGUUAAAAUUUAAUUCAACGUUAUUGUACUUAUGCUUACCAGCAGGUAAUGAACGUAUUGCAAACUCGACAUCAACUGAACAAAGAAGAAGAACAACAACAACAACACAAUCAAUACAAAAUCAACCUCAAGUACAAAAAAAAAUUCCUUGUAUUGAAAAUAUGAUCAUUAAAAUUGAUGAGGAUGAUGAUGACUCAUCACAUAAUCAUUUAUCAACUCAACCAUUUCCACCUGUGAAUCCUAUAGCUGAAAAUCUUCGAAUGUUUUCAUCAACAUCAUUUUCAAAUUAUUCAUUUGAAAAAUCAUUAAAUGAAUUCGUUGAUUAUCUACGUCAUUUAGUUACUCAAUACAAACAUGAAAAUAUAUUUCUUCAAUUAUUUGAACAUAUCUGUGAUAUUAGAGGUCGUUCAUCGAAUAAUUUAGACCGAUUAAAACAAGAAAGUCAAGUAAUAGAUGAUAAACAAAAAGAAGUUUAUGAUGAUAUUUUUAAUAAAAUUGAACAAACAUCUCGAUCAAUUAAAGCAUUAAUCGAAUUAAAUAAAAUUAAAAUUUCUCAUAUUGAUCCACAUGCAAUUAUUAUUAAUGCAUUUAAUGUAUUUCAUCAAAAUUUCAAUACUCUACGUGAUCAAUGGAUUAAUAAUAAAAACAACAAUCGACAAAGUACAUCUGUUCCUUUAAGAAGUCCUGUAAUUGAUCGAACAUCAUCAAAAAAUUAUUCAACUGGUCGAGUAUCAUCAUCAUCAUCAUCAAAUCGUUCAUUUCAUCCAACACCAUCAACAAAUUAUUCAGCUGGUCGAGUAUCAUCAUCAUCAAAUCGUUCAUUUGGUCAACCACCACCAACAAACUAUUCAGCUGGUCGAGUACCAUCAUCAUCAAAUCGUUCAUCUGAACAACCACCACCAACAAAUUAUUCAGCUGGUCGAGUACCAUCAUCAUCAAAUCGUUCAUUUGAUCAACCACCACCAACAAAUUAUUCAGCUGGUCCAAUACCAUCAUCAUCAAAUCGUCCAUUUGAUCAACCGCCACCAACAAACUAUGCAGCUGGUCGAGUACCAUCAUUAUUAAGUCUUUCAUUUGAUCAACCACCACCAACAAACUAUUCAGCUGGUCGAGUAGCAUCAUCAUCAAAUCGUUCAUAUGAACAACCACCACCAACAAAUUAUUCAGCUGGUCGAGUACCAUCAUCAUCAAAUCGUUCAUUUGAUCGAUCACCACCAAUAACCCGUUCAACAAGUCGAGGAGCUUCAACUAGUCAUUCAACUUAUCAAGCACAAUUAAUAAACCGUCCAGCUGAUCGAACAUCAUCAACAAACUUCUCGUUUUCAUCAUCUCGAUCCCAUUCUGAAACUUAUUCUCGAAAACAAGCACGAACAUUAUCAUCAUCACCUCAUCGGUCAUCAUCAUCAUAUCAAAAAUCAACAGAAGAAAACAAAGAUAACAAUAUUUCAUUAUUUAGAAAUAUAUUCAAAUCAUUUGAUUAUUUAUUGAAUGUUUUAAGUCAUCUACGUUUCACAUCAUUCUAUCAUUAUGUUAAAUUAAUUAUCGAUGAAAUAGAAACUUGUCGAUCAACUAUCAAAUUAUCUAAUUAUGAAUCUUUAUGUGAUGUCGAAAAAAGCAUAGAGUCAAUAGAAUGUCGUAUUACAAAUAGAAUGAAUAAUGAAUAUAAUCAUGCAUCACCACAUACAAUAGAUCGACAGCUUGAACAUUCAUAUCGUGAAACAUUAGAUUCAAUUCGUCAAUUAUUAACUUCAUUUCGUGUUUAUAAAUCACGAAUAGAAAACAAUAAACGAGCAAAAACAACGCGUUGGUCAUCAUCUGCUCUUCCAUUAUGUGUUGAAUAUCAACAUAUUGAAACUAAACCAACAAUUCAAAUAAAUCAAUCAGAUAUAAAAAUCGAUGAUGAUCAAAGUUCUGAAGCAUCACAUUCAUCAUUAGGUGAUGAAGUUUUAAUGGAGAUAAUGAAUAAUCUUCGCCGAUUCAUUUCAACAACUCACUUAUUACGAACAAUACAACCUAAAUCAUGGAUACCUCGUCAGUGCAAUAUGACCUCAACGGCGAUCAAUCAAUCUUUAUACAAUUUUUCUGAAGAAGAACGAAUGAUUAAAGAAACAGUUGCUCGAUUUGGUAAGGAACACGUUGAACCUUAUGUUCGUCAAAUGGAAGAAGCAGGUGGAUUCAAACCUGAAUUAAUAAAGGCAAUUUUUGAUCAAGGCUGGUUGGGCAUUGAAAUCCCUACAAAAUACGGAGGCAGUGGUUCCAAUCUUUUUUCAUGUAUAUUGGCGAUUGAGGAAGCUUCAAAAAUAGACAGUGCUUUUGGAGGUUUAAUUGAUUUACAAAAUACAGUUUUAAUGGCUAUCGAUGUUCCAUUGGAAUAUGGUGGUUCAGGUCAAACAUUUUUUGCAGUAACUCUAGCCAUUGAAGAGAUGUCAAAAAUUGAUCCAAGUGUAGGAUUAUUUAUUGAUCUACAAAAUACGUUAAUGACUCGACUUUUUCUCAGUUAUGGCACAGAAGAACAAAAACAUAACUACUUACCACGAUUGGCUAAAAAUCUCAUUGGUAGCUUUUGUUUAUCCGAACCAACAUCUGGUAGUGAUGCAUUUGCUUUAAAAACAACAGCAAAAAAACAAGGUGAUUAUUAUAUAUUAAAUGGAACAAAAAUGUGGAUAUCUAACGCAGAAAUUAGUGGAGUAUAUAUUGUUAUGGCCAAUGCAAAUCCACAAGCUAAACAUAAAGGCAUUUCAGCAUUUAUUGUUGAUCGUGAUACACAAGGUUUACGUAUUGGAAAACGAGAAAAGAAACUUGGCUUAAAAGCAUCCUCUACAUGCCUUGUUCAUUUUGAUGAUUGUAAAGUUCCAGCUAAAAAUCUUCUUGGUAAAGAAGGCGAAGGUUAUAAAUACUCUAUAUCAAUGCUUAAUGAAGGUCGUAUUGGCAUUGGAGCUCAAAUGGUCGGUAUUUGUCAAGGUACAUUUGACAAAACAAUACCAUAUACCAAAGAACGUAAACAAUUUGGUCAACGAAUAUUUGAUUUUCAAGCUAUGCAACAUCAAAUAGCUUCAUUAGCUACUGAAAUUGAAGCAGCUCGUCUUUUAACAUAUAAUGCUGCUCGUUUACGUGAUGCUAAAUUACCAUUUGUCAAAGAAGCAGCAAUGGCUAAACUUUAUGCAUCAGAGUUAGCCGGUAAAGUAACUAGUAAAUGUAUUGAUUUUAUGGGUGGUCUUGGAUUUUCCUGUGAAUAUCCACAAGAAAAAUUUUUUCGUGAUUGUAAAGUUGGAACUAUUUAUGAAGGCACAAGUAAUAUGCAAUUAAAUACAAUUGCUAAGUUUAUUGACAAUGAAUAUUAA